UUGGAAACCAAAUUCGUCCCCGAGUUGCAACGGCGAACCAUCACGAACACGGCGAAAAUCCUCUCUCUUUCCCGUCUCCAGGCCUCCGAACUCGUUGCCUCUAUAUCAAGGUCGACGAGAAGACGACACAUAGAAGAGAGUACGAGAACCACCGCCCAACAUGGCCGACUCUCUUGACUAUGUCAAGAUUUGCGAGAGCUGUCCUCCCGGGGACGGCUGGGGUCCUCCCGUGACGAACGAAAUCACCCUCAACGGCGUUCCCUAUGCGCCUUUCUCCAAGGGCGACAAGCUGGGGCGCAUGGCCGAUUGGACUGCCGAGGGCAAGGACCGUGAGCGCGGUGGACGCCUGCAGUACAGCCGGCAGUAUAGAGACCAGCAGGUGUACGGUACCGGCCAUGCCGUUGUCUUCAACGCCCCUCCCGCCGAGGACGAGACCAGCUUUUCCGUCGUCAGCAACACCAGAGACUCCGCCAAGUCAAAGUUCGGCCGCGGCGCCAUCUUCACCCGUGGCCGGGGCCAGCGAGGCGGCCGAGGCGACACCCGUGGUGGACGAGGAGGCCAGUUCCAGCGAGCCCCUGGCGGCCGACAGGGCGGCUACGGCUAUGACCGCGGUGGUCGGGGUGGUGCCGGUGGCCGUGGCGGGCGCCGCUUCGGCUGGAAGGACUACGACAAGCCGGCGCGCAACCGCGAUGCCAGCAUCAACAUCAAGGCCGACUGGGAGCUCCUCGAGGAGAUUGACUUCAACCGCCUGUCCAAGCUCAACCUGGACACUGACGAUGGCGAGGACCUGGACGACUACGGCUUCCUGUACUACUACGACCGCUCGUACGACAAGCAGCCCGUCAAGGGCUCGGAGAGGAAACUGGUCGCCAUUGACCGCGCCGCCUUCAACGUCACCACCUCCUCCGACCCCGUCAUCCAGGAGCUCGCCGACAAGGGCGAGGCCACCAUCUUCGCCACGGACAGCAUCCUCUCCAUGCUCAUGUGCUCCACCCGCUCCGUCUACCCCUGGGACAUUGUCAUCACCCGCCAGGGCAACAAGAUCUUCCUUGACAAGCGCGACAACUCCAACCUGGACAUGGUGACGGUCAACGAGAACGCCGCCGACGCGCCGCUCGAGGCCGCCGACGGCGGCAAGGACCUGAUCAACCAGCCGUCUGCCCUCGCCGAGGAGGCCACCUACAUCAACCACAACUUUGCCAACCAGGUCGUCUUGGAGACGGCCAAGGUCGAGAUGAAGCACCCCAACCCCUUCUACAACGCGUCCGAGGACACGGACCCGCCGGCCAGCAAGGCCUACAAGUACAGGAGAUUCGACCUGUCGACCAACGAGGAGGAGCCCGUGUACCUGAUUGUCCGCACCGAGGUCGACGCCGUCCAGAAGAACAGCAUCAGCGGCGAGGACCAGCACCUGACCAUCAAGGCGCUCAACGAGUUCGACAGCCGGGCCCAGGGCAGCGGCGGCGCCCUCGACUGGCGGACCAAGCUCGUCACCCAGCGCGGUGCCGUUGUGACGACCGAGAUGAAGAACAACAGCUGCAAGCUGGCCAGGUGGACGACGCAGAGCAUCCUGUCCAAGUCCGACGUGAUGAAGCUUGGCUUCGUCUCGCGCGCCAACCCCCGAUCCAACGAUAAGCACGUGAUCCUCGGCGUCAUCGGCUGGAAGCCCCGCGACUUCGCCAACCAGAUGAACCUGUCGCUGUCCAACGGCUGGGGCAUCGUGCGCACCAUUGCCGACAUGUGCCUCCGGCGCGACGACCAGCAGGACGGCAAGUUCGUCCUCGUCAAGGACCCCAACAAGGCCAUCCUGCGACUGUACCAGGUGCCCGCCGGCAGCUUCGAGGACGAUGAGGAGGAGGGCGAGGCCGAGGUUGCGGAGGAGGAGGCUGAGGAGUAA